AUGAAAAGACCAGAAGGUCGUGUAUUUGAAUGGUUUUAUUCAUUACAUUUAAAAUAUGGUAAUGUUGUUAGGGUUGUCCCAAAAUAUAUCUUAUUUGAAGAAGAUUUAGAAGCCAUAAAAUUUAUUUUGAAAGAUAGUGAUAUGCCAAAGACCUCAUCUAUUGCAGGAAUCAGAGCACAUUACAACUAA